CAAUGCACCUUGUAUCAACACGGCACUGGUGGCGGCUUCGAGGAGGGGCUGGGGCGCCCACCGGUCCGGCACGCAGCGCGAGGGCUAUCGGGCGGGGCCCGGGUGUUGAGGGGCGACUGGCAGCCAUGGCGGAGUCGGCGCCUACUCGGCACAGGAGGAAACGCCGCCCCACACCUUUGACCUCUUCCACACCUCCCCCACAAGCGACAGAGAAAAGCUCUUACUUGCAGACCACAGAGCUCUCUCUCUGGACUGUGGUGGCCGCCAUUCAGGCCGUGGAGAAGAAGAUGGAGUCCCAGGCCGCCCGGCUACAGAGCCUAGAGGGGCGGACAGGGACGGCCGAGAAGAAGCUGGCGGACUGCGAGAAGACGGCCGUGGAGUUCGGGAACCAGCUGGAGGGCAAGUGGGCCGUGCUGGGGACCCUGCUGCAGGAGUACGGGCUGCUGCAGAGGCGGCUGGAGAACAUGGAGAACCUGCUGAGGAGCAGCAACUUCUGGGUCCUGAGGCUGCCCCCGGGCAGCAGUGGAGAGGGGCCCAAGGUGUCCAGGUCACUUGAAAGCGAUGGAGUCUGUUUCUCAGAGCAGGAGUGGGGAAAUCUGGAGGACUGGCAGAAGGAGCUCUACAGAAACGUGAUGAAGAGCAACUACGAGACUCUGGUCUCUCUGAAGGUCCUUGGCCAGCCAGAAGAAGAAGUGGAAUUGGGUGCAGGGAUGCUGGGCGACUUGGAGGAGGAAGGCCCUGGUGAUGUCCACCCAGCAGGAGGGGUGAUGAUCAAGCCGGAGAUCCAGUGCGCUCAGGAAGGCUCUGCGGGUCUUCGUGGAGAGUUCUCGGGCAUUGCCAAAGAGCAGGCUUUCCUGAGCCCAGAGAAUACUGAACUCUGGGGUGGUCAGGGUGGUUCUGUCCUCUUGGAGUCCGGCCCCAGGGACGCUACUCUGGAGGAUCCCAUUGAGGGAAGUAGAGACCCUAGCGGUGGCAGAACUCUGAGCUGCCUCCCGAAGCCGAAGCCCAGUAGGCAGGUGCAGCUGGGUCAGGAAUGCGGGCCGGGCCUAAAGCUGAAAAGGGACGCUUCUGGCCCCUAUGAAUGCUCCGAGUGCGAGGUCAGCUUCCACUAUGAGCAGCAGCUCGCUGCGCACCUGCAGACCCACUCGGGGUGGGGGCCUUACGCAGCCUCAGAGCCCGAGGAGAGCCGUAGACCCAGGCCGCAGCUGAAGCCCCCGUCCAAGAGGGCGAGGCUGCACCAGUGCGACGUGUGCCUGAGGAGCUUCAGCUGCAGGGUGAGCCUCGUGACCCACCAGCGCUGCCACGUGCAGGAGGGGCCCAGUGCUGGCCGCCGUGUCCAGGAGAGGUUCUCGCCCAACAGCCUGGUGGCGCUGCCUGGCCACAUCCCUUGGAGGAAAAGCCGGAGUUCCCUCAUCUGUGGUUACUGUGGCAAGAGCUUCAGCCAUCCGUCGGAUUUGGUGCGGCACCAGCGCAUCCACACGGGCGAACGGCCCUACAGCUGCUCCGAGUGCGAGAAGAGCUUUGUCCAGAAGCAGCACCUUCUGCAGCACCAGAAGAUCCACCAGCGGGAGCGGGGCGGGCUGGCCCUGGAGCCCGGGAGGCCCAAUGGCCUGCUUUAAGGGUGCCAGCCCCUUGUCCGUCCAGGUGGGGGGGGAGCAGAAGGGGCUGGCAUUGGUCCCCCCCGAAGAGACACUGCACAGUCAGGGACUG